AUGGCAGGUCAGAAACCUCCUCUCAACAAAAUGGAGGAAACUUUCAAGGCCAUACCUUUCAAAGACUUCAUGUAUUUUACAAGAAAGUACCGAGAUGCUUCAACAACAUCAUCCUCAGUCAAUAUCCUAUCCCACUUAACUCGAAGCAACAACCUUCAAGACAAAGACCCCCAAAAGAUUGAUUCACUGACAUCACAGGUCUCUGCCCUUCAUAAGGAAUAUGUUGCCCUCGUGAAGACCUACAGAUCUCGUUUAGCCACUUCCAAUAUGAUGCAAGUCAACCAACAAGCUCUUGAGAUCAUUGAGCGCCCUCGUACCCCUUCUCAAUCAUCCGAGAAAUCACUCGAAAAGAUGCUUGGCCUUCCACAACCUUUCAUCGAUGUCAACAAACUUCCCAAUCUUGAUUUUGUCCUCAAAUUUCAGGAAGGAAAGGUUCAAGAGCAAGCCAGGGCCUCCUUAAUGCUCGCUCCGGGGAAAAUACCACAAGACUCUAACAACUACAAGAAAGCCUGCAUUGCCCAUCUUCCAAGCAACAUGGACCUUGACAAUCAGUAUCACAUUUACAUGAAACCAGAAGCUUCCAACGAUACAUCCCGCUCUGCCAACUUAAUCACCAGGAAAAUAUUCUCGGGACAUCCAGAAAUACCAUCCCGUCAUUUCAACUGGUGGUUAUUACAGUUCCAUUAA